AUGAGUGGAGCCGGGGUAGCAUCCUCCAGGGCCGUCGGAGUUCGCGGGAAACCGGCUAUAGUCGAGAUAGGAAAACGUAAUUCGACCCCGGAUUACACAACCUCCUUUUGUUCUGAAUCAGUGCUUCGUUGGGUGAUCUAUUUCCAACUGUUACGCUUAAAAACCGAGCAGUGACACGGCUUAGAAUCGCCGUCUUUCAAGGACUGCUGCCCCGGCUGCUAUGCUAACGACGUGUUAGCUAGCCUAGGUAGUCUCAUUGGCUAACGGGGGACGUUGUGCUUCAUGCGACAGGACGGAGAAGAUACUGCUGGAUUGAAAGAGACAAAGGGCUGCUGCUGCUGUCAGACACGAGCAGACUGUUAACAUGUUCGGCUUAGACCGUUUCCGUUUUGACAAGAAUGCAGCGACAGCGGCCACUAAAGACCCGGAUAACGGGUCCAAGAGCCCGGAGUCUGAGAAGGAGAACAAGCCAGCUCAAAUGAAACCGGUCAAACCCACACCAAAGUCCCAUGCACGAGGAGUGGUUUUUGAGGAAGUCAUUACAAUUGACUUGGAGGAAGAAGAGCUUUCCUCCGACACUAAAACCAAAACGCCAUUAAACAGUAAGCCCAAGAAUCCUGUUGGGAAGUCAUCCAAAAACGUGGCAUUGGAUCACACAGACGUGGAGGACAGCGAACUGAACGACAAAAUGAGCAGCGUACUGGAGAUGUUUCCUCAGUUGACGAGGACAGACCUGCUUGAGAUCAUUGGCAGCACAAGCACAUUGGAGGGGGCUGUUGCUGCAUGCCUUUUAAAGUUUGGUGAUAAAGAAGCCCCCGACCACGGCAGGAAGAGGAAGCUGGAUGGGUCCAGCAGUUCCCAGGACAGUGCUGAGGCUCAAUCCAGCAAGAGGAGCAAGACGACAGUGCAAAAGGUUUGCGAUGAGGACGACGCGGAGCCCAGCUGGGAGAAGCAGGAAGCCAUGGUCCGAAGACUGCAGAAAAAGUUCCCUGACCAGGACAAGGAGGAGCUGAGGCUGGUGCUGCAGGAGCACGAGUGGAAUGUUGAGGACGCUCUGCAGGUUCUACAAAUGUUCUCCGACCCAGAUGACACCAGUUUCAGCUCGCCGGACACGGAAGAAAAAAAAUCCGGUAAAUCGAAGAGUAAAGACAAUACGAACCGGGACCACAGGAAGUCGAAGCACCACAAAGACGACACGGACAACAGUAGACGCCGGAGGAUUCAGAACCACAGAAACUCUAGUUAUUCCGAGGAGGAGAGUGAAGAUCAUUCAGACGCUACAAAGGACAGCGAAGAUUCCGACUCGGACUGCGACGAAAUUCCAAAGACCACAAGUAGCACUUCCACUUUGUCCAUGUGGCUUAAAAAAGGUUCUGACUCGGUGUCGUCAUCGUCCUCUUCUGUUAAGAAAACAACAACUACCUCCUCCUCCUCCCUGAAGCCCUCCUCCUCUACCUCCACUGCUCAGAUGCUCUCCAGGUUUGCCAGUGGGACCAGUAUAGCUAAGAAGCAGGCGGCCGAGAGAAAGAGGAAGGCGCGCGACUCCAACGAACGCGUCAGUUCUGAGGAGGAAAACGACGGCGAAGAGGAGACGGUGAGCAGCGAGUUUGAGGACUCUGACGAAGAGCUGGAUUCUAAAGGCGGCAUGACGGAUCUGAAGAAGGAGAUCCUGGACUUCUUCCGGAACGCAUCGAUUGACGAGCUGUCGCUGAUUGCCGGCUGCUCCGUCAAAAAGGCCCAGAAGAUCGUGGAGCUGAGGCCCUUUGACAGCUGGCAGAGCCUGGGGGAUGCCUUCGUUAAGGACAAGGGGCUGUCGGACUCUCUGCUGCUCGGCUGCCGAGUCGUCCUCAAAGAGCGGAAGGUCGUCCUGGGGCUGAUGUCCAAAUGUAACACCAUUUCCUCCAAGAUGGUGCGGCAGGUCACUGAGGUGAUGGAGAGCGGCACGGGGACCAUGAAACAGCCCGCCCUACUCAACAGCCAGAACCAGCUGAAACCCUAUCAGCUGAUUGGUCUGAAGUGGCUGCUGCUUCUAAAUGAGCACAAACUGAGUGGGAUCCUCGCUGAUGAAAUGGGUUUGGGGAAAACUAUCCAGGCUAUAGCGUUCCUGGCCCAGCUCUACGAGAGGGGAAUAGACGGCCCUCACCUCAUCACGGUUCCCGCCUCUACCUUGGAUAACUGGGUCAGAGAGCUGAAGCUGUGGUGUCCAAGCCUCAAGGUUCUCGUCUAUUGUGGAUCUGUGGAGGACCGCCGUUACCUCAGACACGACCUCCUCAAUGACGAUGUCGAUUGCAACGUCAUUGUGACCACGUACAACAUGGCCAUCGGAAACGAUAGCGACCGCAGCCUGUUCCGUAAGCUGCGUCUGAAGUAUGCCGUGUUCGACGAAGGUCACAUGCUGAAGAACAUGAACUCUCUGCGCUACCGCCACCUCAUGGCUAUUAACGCAGAGCAUCGCUUGCUGCUGACGGGAACUCCUUUACAGAACAACCUCUUAGAGCUGAUGUCCCUUCUGAACUUCAUCAUGCCUUCUAUGUUCUCCAACUCCACCACACAGCUCUCUAAAAUGUUUUCUAUGAAUUCCCACGAGGACCAGAGCCGCUUUGAGAGGGAUCGUAUUUCUCAGGCCAAACUCAUCAUGAAACCUUUUAUCCUCCGAAGAGUCAAGAGCGAGGUCCUCAAGCAGCUGCCAGCCAAGGAAGAUAAGGUGGAGUCCUGCCCAAUGAGUGAGAAGCAGCAGGCGCUCUACCAGACCCUCUUUGAAAAACUCAAGGCUUCUACUAAUGGCGAGAAGCGGGAGCUGUGUAACGUGAUGAUGCAGUUAAGGAAGAUGGCCAACCACCCGCUGCUUCACAGACACUACUACACCACGGAAAAGCUCAAAGCCAUGAGCAAACUCAUGCUCAAGGAGCCAACUCACUUUGAUGCAGACGCUGCUCUGAUCCAGGAGGACAUGGAAGUGAUGUCCGACUUUGAGCUGCACCGCCUGUGCCAGCAGUACUCCUCCAUCGGCUCCUACCAGCUAGAAAACAAUCUCCUGCUCGACUCGGGGAAAUUCCAUCACCUCACGGAGCUGCUGGCCUCUCACAAGAACAAGGGCGACCGGGUGGUGUUGUUCAGUCAGUUCACCAUGAUGCUGGACAUUGUGGAGGUGCUGCUGAGACAUCUUAAGCAUCGCUACGUCCGGCUGGAUGGCUCCACGCCCAUAGCGGACAGGAUUGGGUUGAUUGAUGAGUACAACACGGAUCCGGACAUAUUCGUGUUCCUGUUGUCGACGCGUGCCGGUGGCCUGGGCAUCAACCUCACCUCCGCCAACGUCGUCAUCCUGCAUGACAUCGACUGCAAUCCCUACAACGACAAACAGGCGGAGGACAGAUGUCACCGCGUAGGCCAGACCAAGAUUGUGAAGGUGAUUAAGCUGAUCAGUAAGGGCAGUAUAGAGGACUGCAUGCUGCAGCUGAGCCAGAAGAAACUAAAGCUGGAGCAGGACAUGACUGCUGCUGAAGGUGGUGAGGGGACUAUACCUGAAGACAUGGCAUCUUUGCUCAAGGCCUCACUGGGACUUUAAUCUGCCAACAUGGGCAUUCCUGGGAGAGACUUCAGUGUUUGCGACUGAACACACACUUUUGUGUCAAUGCUGGAAAAGCUCCCGAGAAUCGUACGCUGCCAUGAAAAACCAUCCUACAAUUGAGGUCCGACUUGCUGUGGAGCCCGGCAAAUGUGCCUAAAACACUAUUUUUACAUGCACAGUUUCUGCUCCUACUUUUGACGAGAUCAGUAUCUGAAGGCCUAACAGUCAAUCAGCCUUUUUCAUGUUACGCGAGGAGUCGCUGUAAAAACUUGGACUGUUGUGUAGAAGUUGCGACAACGCAGCGUAGAGGCCCCCAUGCGGCCUCUUCGAACAAGAGUCAAACAUUGAAGUUGAAAUAACCCAUGCAUUUCAUUUUUUAGGUUCUGUCGGUAGUUUCAUUCUGGCACAGCGAUGCAGUGGUGUAUUUCCAUAACGUCCUUCAUACCUGCAAACCUUUUAGCAUUUUACCUGCGCUAGUCCACAGCAACGUUUUAACACUUUAGCAGCCAACGUGACACCUCUUUUGAUGAAUGUUGCGAUUCACGUAUUGGAAAGUUGAUUCAGACAGUAUUUGACACAUUGUAUUCUCUGGUAGUGUAAUUGUCUUCUUUCACCAUACUUUCUUUUGUGAAGGCAGACUGACAUUUCAAGACGGAGCAUAAAUGUGUGGGUGGGUGUAGUCUAUGAAUUUAGGCUACAAAAGGUCCAGAUUAUGUGGGAUAAAAAAAAGUUUGCAACUUUGAAAUGCAUUGUGUUUCUUUUCUGGUCUCUUGCGUUAAGUGACAGAGGUUGUUAGAACAGCUGCUGCAUUCGUUCUGUAUAAGUGGCUUAUGUGUUUUGCGUGUCAAGUGAAAAAGCUAUUACUGAGUUGUUUGUAUGUUAAAGUUCCUAUUUGAACAGAAUAAUAAAAAUUGGAAUAAAAGUUUGGUCAUGCCUGUAGCGAGUCAGCAGUAGAAGCUGUCAAUUAGAUGCCGAUCUCUUAAUCAUUUAGGAAUUCUCGCUAUUAUGAUCAGCUGUUCCACAGGGCGCCCCCCCCAUCAACAUGGCCUAUCAACAUGCCCUGUGGUUUCUACUUAUCUUCUUAGAAAAUAGGAAGUUGAAAAAAACGCCUCUUAAGUUUUAUUUUUGAUACGCAGUUUUACCAACACCUUUUAAUUGCAUGCUAAUUUAAAAAUGUUUUUUUCUGAAUAAUAAAAACAACUGAACAAAAUAGACCUUUUUAAUAAUACGGUUGAAUUACAUUGUAAUCUGUCAAAUAAAACAUGAAAUGGA